CCCAUAUUGAACCCGAGUCGGAGGCGGCGAGUCCCGGUCGCAAAAUGGAGGUAAAACAGCCGCCCGGUCGCCCCCAGCCCGACUCCGGCCGCCGCCGCCGCCGCCGGGGGGAGGAGGGCCAUGAUCCGAAGGAACCAGAGCAGUUGAGAAAACUGUUCAUUGGUGGCUUGAGUUUUGAGACUACAGAUGAUAGCUUGAGAGAACACUUUGAGAAAUGGGGCACUCUCACGGAUUGUGUGGUGAUGAGAGACCCACAAACGAAACGUUCCAGAGGCUUUGGCUUUGUGACUUACUCUUGUGUAGAAGAGGUAGAUGCAGCCAUGUGUGCUCGGCCCCACAAGGUGGAUGGCCGUGUAGUGGAACCAAAGAGAGCUGUUUCUAGAGAAGAUUCCGUAAAGCCUGGAGCCCAUCUAACAGUGAAGAAAAUAUUCGUUGGUGGCAUUAAAGAAGAUACAGAAGAGUAUAACUUAAGAGAUUACUUUGAAAAGUAUGGGAAGAUUGAAACCAUAGAAGUUAUGGAAGAUCGGCAGAGUGGGAAGAAGAGAGGAUUUGCUUUUGUUACUUUUGAUGAUCAUGAUACAGUGGAUAAAAUUGUUGUUCAAAAAUAUCAUACCAUAAAUGGGCAUAACUGUGAAGUGAAGAAAGCCCUUUCGAAGCAAGAGAUGCAGUCGGCUGGCUCACAAAGAGGUCGUGGCGGUGGCUCAGGCAAUUUCAUGGGCCGUGGAGGAAACUUUGGAGGCAGUGGAGGGAAUUUUGGCCGUGGAGGAAACUUUGGUGGAAGAGGAGGCUAUAGUGGUGGUGGAGGAGGUGGUGGUAGUAGAGGUAGCUAUGGAGGAGGUGAUGGUGGAUACAAUGGAUUUGGUGGCGAUGGUGGCAACUAUGGAGGUGGUCCUGGCUACAGUAGUAGAGGGGGUUAUGGUGGUGGUGGACCAGGAUACGGAAACCAAGGAGGUGGAUAUGGUGGUGGUGGUGGAGGAGGAGGAUAUGAUGGUUACAAUGAAGGAGGAAAUUUUGGUGGUGGUAACUAUGGUGGCAGUGGAAAUUACAAUGAUUUUGGAAAUUACAGUGGACAGCAACAGUCAAAUUACGGACCCAUGAAAGGAGGAGGCAGUUUUGGUGGAAGGAGCUCAGGCAGUCCCUAUGGUGGUGGUUAUGGAUCUGGUGGUGGGAGUGGUGGAUAUGGUAGCAGAAGGUUCUAAAUACCCAGCAGAAAAGGGUUGAAUGAGAGCCACUUCAUGCCUAAACGAGGAAAGCCUUGCAUACCAUCUUUAAAAUUCGAAGGUUUCUGGCUGGGUAAGGUUUGUAGUGUAUGCUAAAAUGUCUGCUCAUGACCCCUUGCAUUUAUUUAUGGGCCUUUCAAUUUUAGCCCUUUAUUUCAUGCUGGUAUUCUGUACGUCUGCCCUAAUUCCAAAGGUAGUGGGGUGACUGAAGGUCAGAAGACCUCCUAAAAUUACUCUUUUUCUUUUCCCUGGGACCAGUUAACACAGGCAAUCGACCUUUGGGUUUAUAUUCCACAGCCCUUCUGAUGACUUGUUUAUUAGUGCCCUUGCAAUAGCAUGAAUAUGCCCUCGAGCAGAAUCAAGUUCCACAAGCAGGAGAACAUUACCUCUGAAGAGCCUAUGCAAAACACCAUCAAUAAUCUUGCAUUGAUGAACUUGUUUAGAUGAGCUCAGUUUAUCAAUUGGGGCUGGAAAACAAUGUGUAACAGGUAAAACUUUCCAGAGUCUGGCAUUGGUAUUUGAAUGAGUAGAGCUCGAGCCUCCUCGUUUUACCAGGGGGUGGGAGAGAGGAAAACUAACUUUUAAUUAAUCCACGUUAGACACUUAGCAUCAAGGUACAAAACAGUUACACUCAAGUCACUCACAAUCAGAUUUCUGUUUUAAAAAGCUUACAUCUAUUUUAAGCUGCUGUCUUAAAGUGGGCCUGAUCCCAAAGGUUACUUGGAUUUGGAGGAGUUGGUGCCUUUGAAUUCUGCCAGUUAUCUAUGCAAAUGACAUCCUGUUGGCCAGAAAUAUUCACUUUUGGAAGGUGAUGAGUUUACUACAGGCUUAAAAUGGACCAGCCUGCUUUGGGACACCACAGACCUGUGGAAAUUCAAUGGCGUAUAAGUGCUAACAAAGCAGAUUCCAAAACUAUGUUUACCUGUACUGACUUGGACUUGUACUAACUUGAAGUAUGCUGCCAGACCAAAUACAUAUUACCAUUCAAUCAUAUUCAUUGAGCGCUUACCGUGUGCAGAGCACUGUACUAAGUGCUUGGGAAGUACAAGUUGGCAACAUAUAGAGAACGGUCCCCACCCAACAAACGGGGUCACAGUCUAGAAGGGGGAGACAGGAAACAAAACAGGUGUCAAAAUCCCAGGCAAAGCAACAUUCUUAAACACCAAAAGACAUUCAUCGGUGGUUGCUGGUUAAUACAGAGGGGAAAUGUGAUGGAGUGAAAUUAGUCUCCCUUAAAUUUAGCUUUAUUACGUUUUCUGGAUGCCCUUGAAACAGGCAACAGCAGUGCUGUGCCAAGCACCCGACUCGUGUACAGGGUGAGCUUGGGUGUUGAUAGUGCUGCAGUUGUUGCCAUUCCUCAGUACUACAGAUGAGCUAUGCUUCCAGGUUCACCGGCCAUGUACCUCCUCUUAGAUGUCAGGGUAAGUGAAAGGUUGUAGGGGUGGCAGCCUCGCAAAACCCAGCUUGAUCCCUCAUUUUUCCCAUAGGCCACCUCACCUGGGCGUAUGGCGAGGGCAUUGUUGGACACAGAGGAAAAGCCUUCCACUUGGUAUAGGUGAUCUAAAGUCUUGACACUUGUGUAAAAGUCAGCUCCUUCCUAAUGUGGAUGAUCUCUAAUCACAAGACUUGGAAAUGACCCACUUGAUUUCUGACAGGUGCAAGGGUGGUGGCUUACAACCCCUAGAAUUCAAUUUCAGGAGAAAUAAGUGUUUUGCUGUAAGGUACCAGGGGUUUUUUUGAUCAGUUUAGCAAUACCUCUAGAGUUAUUAACGAGAAGGAAAGCCAUGGUUUUGCUCUGGUAUGAUAUUUGAAAUGUAAGGUCCUUUUCCUUUUCCUGUAGCCCACAGUAAAUAGCCAAGUUGGCCUUCAUUGCCCGUUAAUAACAAAAAAACUUGUAUAACAAGUGCUUUCUAGGUGUACUUCCACUCACUGGGAAUCGAGUAAUGGUAUUUAUUGAGCACCUACUGUGUGCAGAGCACCAUACUAAGUGCUUGGGAGGGAAAUGAGAGGGUUUGUAAGAAAUGGUAAGCAAUUUCCAAGCAAAGCAUAUAGGCAUGAAAAGGGCUUUUUAUAAGUCAUAACAGCUAAUUCAGUUUUAUUGAGAAACUAAAAAUGGUUACCAGUUUUAAGAGAUACGCUUGAUUAUCAGCUUUGGUUAUGCAGAUUAACACUCCUUCCCAGAGCAGCAGUAUUCCGGCCAGUGAUGUAAAAGAAGGUAAAAUAAGACUCAUAAUUGGGGUUAGUAGAAACACUUGUUGGCAUUGGAUAACCAAAUGUGACUAAGACAUUGCCUGUGGUGGAUUUGAAUGUUCAGUGUUGGUUAUUUGUAGGAAAAUUAAAUAUGUACAUAAAACUUUUAAAUUAAAGUAUUUUUGAAAGAUGUGUGUUUUGUAUUUACACCACUGAUUCAAGACAUUGUUCCUUCAAGAAAAGCUUAAAGCAAAAAUGAAAGAACGGUAAUAAGCACAGGUAUGUAUGUGGGAGAAGGGAACAGAAGCUAGCCUGGAAUGACACCUGGAGAAAGUUUGAGUUGUAAUGGCAAAUGUUAAUGAAAGACUAAAGGAGCCAAUCACUUGUGUUUUUUAAGGUAAUAACAGGCAAGAAACUUCCAAUGAAUUUUAGAAACUGCCCCUGUGGUUUCAAGACACCACCUAAGCCGUGUCUCCUAGCAAGCCUUCUGACAAACUUCAUCCUAGAGCAAAGGAAUUAAUGGUUUUUGUAGAUGUAUGGUAUUUCUGUAAUGCAUCUUUCAAUCUUUCCCUUAGCUUGUAUUUUAAUUGCACUUGACCUUUUCUGUGGUACAUGGCACGUUUGGGUAUUUUGUUCCAUCCCUGGAUUUUCUCUCUCUAGCCUGGCUCAUGGAUUCCUAAUGAGAGAGAGAGAGAGAGAGAGAGAGAGUGUGUGUGUGUGUGUGUGUGUGUGUGUGUGUGUGUGUGUGUUUGAGAGAGAGAGAGUGUGUCAUAACUGGUAAUGGUUUAAGGAGAAUGUAGAAGAGCAGAGUAAGAAGAUUAAAGUGAGCCUUGGAGAUAUCUCUGUGGGGCUGUUCUGAUCAUAAAGCAGUAGUAUGGUAUAGUGGCUUUCUCAAACUGAGGUGACUGUGUAAAAGUUCUAAAUUUGCGGUCAGUGAUUCUUAACAUCACCCUUGGUAAUUUGUCCCAACUGCUGUACUUCUGUGAAUUGAACUGUUUAGUGUGUUUCAUUCUGAAAGGACUAUAAUGGAGAAAUAAAUGGCUGGACUCAAGUUACAUCAACA